AUGCCUUCUAAAAUCCUCAUUCUUGACGGCGGCCUGGGCACGUCCCUUGAGUCUAAAUACUCAGUUACUUUCUCCCGCUCAACUCCUCUCUGGUCAUCUCAUCUACUCGUGGCAGACCAGCCCACUCUUCAAUCAUGCCAGGCCGACUUCGGCGCUGUCCCAGUUGACGUGCUCCUCACAGCGACAUACCAGGUCUCACUGCACGGUUUCGCUGGUACGCGAACUGAGGACUUCCCUGAGGGUAUUUCUCGUGAGAAUGUUCCGCGGUUCUUGGAUGACUCUGUUAGCAUCGCCGAGCGUGCUGUCGGGGAUAAGGGUUCUGUGGCUUUGAGCAUUGGACCCUAUGGCGCUUGUAUGAUUCCUGGACAGGAGUACAGCGGGAAGUACGAUGAUAAGCAUGAUUCUCUGGAAGAUUUGGAAUCAUGGCAUACUGAGCGCUUGGGAGUGUUUGCCGAGGUUCCCAAGAUCCAAGAGCGACUGGGUUAUGUUGCGCUUGAGACCAUCCCUCGUCUAGACGAGAUCAUCGCCAUGCGCAAAGCUCUUGCUGCAACACCGACACUAUUCAAAAUACCAUACUGGACCGCCCUCCUCUCUCCUGAGAAGGACCUUCGCAUGCCCGACGGCAACUCCAUCGAGGCCGCUGUCGAAGCCAUGCUUGACCCCGAGGUCUCUCCCAACCUACCCUGGGGCAUCGGUAUCAACUGCACCAAGGUCGACAAGCUGGACAGCUUACUUCAGAUCUUCGAGCGCACCGUUUCGGGCAUGGUGGAAAAGGGCAAGAUUGCUGAGUGGCCUGCCCUAGUGCUGUAUCCCGAUGGCACAAAUGGAGAAGUGUAUAACACGACUACGCAAAAGUGGGAGGUGCCUAAUGGCGUCGAUACUCAGAGACGCUCCUCAUGGGAGGGACAGGUCGAAGAUGUUGUUAAAGCUACAGAGAGCCGAGGAAAGUGGCCUACUAUUCUGGUUGGUGGAUGCUGCAGAGCUGGGAGCGAGGAUAUUAAGAAGCUUCGUGAUCGACUCAUCCAAUAA